AGAGAAAAGAGCAGGAGGAGAAGGGGAGGACGAAUGGAAACUGAAAGAAACUGAAAAUAAAAAUAAAAAGUAAAGAAAAAGGCGAGAGAAAGAAGAAUAAAAGGGAGGCGCGAGGCGGCCAAAAAAAGCAAAGAAAUCAUCUGCUCGCGUAGCUCGAAGUGGAUGGAUGCGACCGUGAUUUGGGCACACUCGCCGACAAGAUCGCGGUGACGAAUCUAAUCGAAGAAGUGGAAGAUAACUCACUCUUAGGAGGAGGAGGAGGAGGAGGAAGAGGAAUAUGAGCUGCGGUGCGAGGGAAAAGUGAAGAGGACUGAUCAUUCCUAGUUCAAGCGCAUAUUUUGAUGUCCCCUUCCGCUUGAUCCUCGAUUAAUCCUCCUCAUCAAAUUGUGAAUUCCUAAAUUUGAGAAGCUCAUAGAUUGUUGUUCUGCCGGAAGGUCUGAAUUUUUCAUAGACAUGCUGGAAAAUGAGUCAUGUUUGAUCUCAAGAGCAUUGCCGAGCUCCUGCGAGGAAGAAUCAAAAUGGGCUUAUAUGACAUUCAACCUCUUGGAGAUUACGACCAACAAACGCCCCCAACUUGUCGAACCAUCAGGGCUAAGCCAAGAUGCUGCAGUAAAGAAACUUAAAUAUGAAGAUCAAUCAGAGCCUUCCUUGCAAGAAGAAACAACAUGCUCUUUGGAUAAAUCUGAUUGUUCAAAUGAUGAUGACAACCAACAUUGUUAUUCUAGCUCUCUUAUAAGCCAAAUUGGCCGCGACACGUCUAUAAAAUGUCUGCUCCACUGCUCUCGGUCACACUAUGGCGCCCUUGCAUCCCUCAAUCGGGCUUUUAAUUCCCUGAUUCGCUCGGGUGAACUCUACAAGUUACGACGGAAGGAUGGGAUUAUUGAGCACUGGGUGUAUUUCUCUUGUAACGUGCUUGAGUGGGAAGCAUUUGAUCCAUAUUGCAGGCGCUGGAUUACCCUUCCAAAAAUGCCUCAGAAUGAUUUCUUUAUGCACACUGAUAAAGAGUCUUUGGCUGUGGGAACUGAACUUCUUGUUUUUGGAAAGUACUUCACCUCUUACAUUUCUCAUAUAGUACUAAGAUACAGCCUUUUAACAAACUCUUGGUCCCAAAGUAUCGAAAUGAAUUGCCCGAGGUGCUUGUUUGGAUCUGCUAGUUUCGGGGAGAAAGCUAUUAUAGCUGGUGGCACAGACGCUCAAGGUACUAUAUUGAGUUCUGCAGAACUUUACAAUUCUGAGACUCAAUCUUGGGAAACUCUUCCUAGUAUGAACAAACCCAGAAAGAUGUGUUCAGGUGCCUUCAUGGACAAUAAGUUCUACGUCAUUGGUGGAAUGUCUAGCCCUACCGAAUUCUUGACGUGCGGUGAAGAAUAUGAUUUGAUCAAACAUACAUGGAGUGUCAUCCCAAAUAUGUCUGCAGGGCUCCAUGGGCCUAGUGGUGCACCUCCACUUCUUGCGGUAGUUAAUAAUGAACUAUAUGCAGCUGAUUAUGCAGAAAAGGAGGUCAAGAAAUAUGAUAAGAAGAAUAACUCUUGGAUCACUUUGGGAAGAUUGCCGGAAAGGCCAGAUUCAGUGAACGGUUGGGGCAUAGCUUUUCGGGCUUGUGGUGAUAGAAUUAUAGUUAUUGGUGGACAACGGGUUCUUGGAGGAGGGAUGAUUGAACUUAAUUCAUGGACACCGAGUGAUGGCCCCCCAAAUUGGAACAUGAUUGGCACCAAGCACUGUGGGAACUUCGUGUAUAAUUGCACUGUGAUGGGCUGCUGAGAUUUCUGGAAAAAUUGUUCUAUGUUUAUUCACCAAAUUGGCAUAAACUGUUGAUUCUACCAGCAUAAGCAUAAUCUCUGUUUUUCUUUUAACGUCUACACUCACCAUUUGGUAGACUCUUUCUAAGAAACUAUUAAAACUUAUCUUCAUUAUUCUCCAAUUACAAAAUCUUCCAGAUCCAAUUUAGACCAACUCUUUAAUUACCCUUUUUUUUACUCGAGAGUAUUCUUGGAGAUAAUGCAGUCAAACCAUUCAAAAUAAUCUAGUGAACCAAUCUGUUCUUAGGAUUUUUCAUAUGUUUAUUAUCUGUUUAUUGUGUUGUUUUAUCGUUGCAUUGUUAUUGAGUUACUUUGAUGAAAUAAAGUUGGU